AUGAUACUAUUUUCCGGACAGUUGCUCUAUUUCAUCCUGUCACUUUUUUCCGUUUUCUCAAACUUUUCCGGUUUAGUUGAUGCGCAAAAACGACGAAUUAUUCGUUUAUUAACUCCAUUAUCAAAGAAAGCAUCCAGUAAUGGUCAACAAUUAUUUCAAAAUAUUGCAAUGAAUGAAAUGCAAGAUAUCGAUACCAUUUAUAUGCAAUUGUCUAAUUGGGCAAAAAAUGAAGGAACCAAUUUUAUGAAGGUAUUUGAAGAAAAUUUGAAAAGAGUCGAAAAAGAAGCUUAUGAAAAACGUGACGAACUUGGAGUCGAAAUUGAUCAAUUACCAUCACUGGUAAUAGAUGCUAUUCAAAUUGUUGAUAUAUUUCGGCAGGAUCCGACUAGAAGUGCUCUUGAAGAGAAGAAAAUGAUUAAUGAUUUGAAGAAAACGAUAGAGCCGUUAUUCGUUAAUCGUUAUCAAAUUAUAUUGGAUCGUGCACAAAAAUUACAAAAUGAAUAUGGUAUCAAUUUGUUUCGAUCACCUUUUGCUAAGCGUAGAAAGCGUUAUUUUAAAAAUGAUGAAUUGUAAUGAUUCAUAUAACACGACACGAUAUCAGGAUAUAAUAUCAAGAAUAAUAUUGUUGCUGGACAUUAUAUAGAAAUUCAUGCCUGUUUCAGUAAUUUAGCGGAUAUGUUACGAUAAAAUUUUGGUAGA